AUGAUUUACCUUACAGAUUCAUGGUGCCGUCCAAAUGAACGAGCAGAUAUUGUGUUCAUUAUGGAGGAAUCUUAUAGCACAGGAGAGAUGAUAGUCCCAAGUGAGUGGAACUAUCAGAAAGAAAUGCUGGCUAAAUUUGUGAAUGAAAUGUACAUAGAUCCUGACAACGGAAUCCGUGUGGGGGCAGUAACUUACAACACAGGAGCAAAGGUACGCUUCAACCUUGUGGAAUACACAACCAAAUCAGACAUUAUGAACGGCAUCUUGGGCAUUCCAACAGACAGAAGAAAGACAAUGUAUGAAAAUGACACUGACUACUCAGAAAAAGGUCUAGACAAAGCUUUUGUUUCUGUAUUUUUGCCAGGUGAAGGAGAUAGACCAGACGCCCCUAACUACUAUAUAUACACAAGUGAUUAUAUAUUUCCCGAUGAUGACCCGUAUAGUAAGGGACUUGAUAUCAGGGUGGAUGGAGAUAAUUAUAUUUGGGCGAUUGGUGUCAAGUUAGCGCAAACCCAAAGUAUACUUUCACAGUCCGUGGGAUCGGAUGGAAAAUAUUACACUGGAUCCAGCUUUCAGGCUCUGAACACGGUUGAGCAUGCUCAGAAAUUGUGGGAGUUAUUUAGCGGAUGUCCACUUGUUGAUCCAGCCAUUGGAAAAUAUUAUUGUUUUUCGGUGCCACUUUUAUACUUUGAGGAUCCGGCUGUUGCUACACCGACUACAGAGACGUGCGAAGAGGACGAAGGGAUGAUGUUCCUGCUACAGGACCCCUUAUUUGAGAUAAAUUGUUGUGGAAUAAUAUCAGCCUGGGAGUUUUAUCCUUGUAAAGCAGGAAUCGUCCAGUUUAUGGUUUGGUCCCUUAAAUCAGGAACAACAUAUGAACUCAAAGCUAUACAGGAAGUGGAGGUUUUAGAUACCGAUCUUGGAAAAUCUUUGAAUUACACUGUUCCUGAAGAAGAACGCAUUGCGAUAGUGGCAGGGGAUAGGAUCGGAUGGCGCUCGAAAACGAAGAACAUCAUAUCGUACCAGGCCUGUGAUUAUUUGACCGAUAGAUACUGCCCACAGAACACAUAUAGAACACAGCUCAUUGAAGACCCUUAUGAAUACAUGCAAUUUGAUUGGUCAGAACAGUUUCCAAAUUCAACGGCAGUCGAAAAAUUAAUAAAUCGUGGAUACACUCUCAAAAUCUACGCUAAUAAUAAUACGGUGAUCUCUUUCGAGGAAUCAUUUUACCUGACAUCAGCGGCUGACCAUUGGCCGAUAGGAACCAGUUUCGCUUCCUUUGCUGUCCUGGGACAGGACUACAAGGAGAACGUGACAUAUUCCUGGGUCUCCAAGAACAAUUACAUAGAUCUGAAUGAAUCAUUCAGUUUUACACAGGUAGGGAAACAGCUGGAACCUUCGGAGAGUCCUCAAGGAAUGGCCGGGUACCUAGCAACCUUGAGAGUGGUUGAUACUUGCAGAAAUACUGCCACAACCACCUUUAGUGUGGAAACUUUCAAUGGCCCACCGAUUAUAACGAAUUUUCCAAGAGAAAUAUCAGUGCUGGAAACUCAGGGAGGAAGUGCCGAGGUUUAUAAGGUGGCAGUGUUUGACCCCACGGUGCCGCCUGACCCUGUAUGUUGUACACUGGAAAGUGUCCGACCUCAGACAGCUAAUUUUGAAAUUAAACUUAUCAAUGGGACGCAGUUUAUAUUAUUUACACAAGAAAAACCUAUAUUUGCCUAUAGGGACGUUAAUUCUUAUAUGUUAACUGUGUGUUGUGAGGACGGAUAUGGCACGGUGAAGGGAAUUCUGAAGAUUGACGUGUUAGAGGUCAAAGAAAAUGAAAUAUAUACACCUCCUUCUUGGUUCAUGACGUCGAUUAUCGCCAGUCUUCUCCCCAUUACAGUCAUGUUCGUAUGCGCCUGUGUUCUGCUCAUCGAGUCUUUUUUUCUGGUGAAGCAAGGUGUGAAUGGAUGAUGGUUGUUCAUGAAAUGUGAAACUGUGAGAAAAAUGAAAAUACAUUUCAUUAUAUUUCACAAUUGUUCAUGAAAUAUAAAGUUGUGAAAAAAAAAGAUAUUUCAUUUUAUUUCACAAUUUUAUAUAUGGAAUAAUAUUGCAAUAUGAUACAUGAUUUACAGUAUGAUAUACUGAGUUUUACAAUAUGACAUUACAAAGUAACAAUGUGAUGCUGUAUGUAGUACGGGGUAUUAAGGAAUGAGGUUAUAAUAUGUUGUAAAUAACUAGUUAUAAGCCAAGCUUAAACCAUUUAUCGAUUAGUAUCAACCAAAUAAUGAAUGAUUAUAAUGUCACUGUUAAAUUGAUCAAGAAAAAACUUUUUUAUAUUCUUUA